UGUCGGCUUGUGGAGAUGUGAUCGGAUCUAAACGCUCUCACACUGACUCAACGGCGGGCAACGGUAGCCGGAGAAUUCGAAUCUCCGUCGCCGUCUUCGUCCUGCCGGCGGACUGCAGGCUGAAGUGAACUCUACUUCCGGCGAGUUAGCAUGGUCAAGCAAUCGAGCGAGUGGGCCGUAAUGCAGAAGAAGAGAUGGCCUCUGCUGCUCCUGCUCCUCUUCUCCCUCUCCACCGCCUUCGUUUUCCUCCUCCGAUCCGCCUUCGAUUCCUGUAGCACCGGUGCUGUCUCUGGCAGCAGGAAUUUCGUCGGAGAAGAGACGUACCCGAGCAAUGGUGUCCUGUACACCCCGAGUCUCAAGCCCAACCCGCUCGAGUUCAUGAGGUCCAAGCUCGUGCUCCUCGUCUCGCACGAGCUCUCGCUCUCUGGGGGCCCAUUAUUGUUGAUGGAGCUGGCUUUCUUGUUGAGGGGUGUCGGCACGGAAGUCGUAUGGAUAAGUAACCAGAAACCAGCGGAGCCCGAUGAGGUUAUUUAUAGCUUGGAGCACAAGAUGUUAAACCAUGGAGUACAGGUCUUCUCUGCAAGAGGUCAGGAGGCAGUUAAUACAGCUCUUAAAGCCGACUUGGUUGUUCUAAAUACUGCUGUUGCAGGGAAAUGGCUCGAUGCUGUUCUUAAGGAGAACGUCCCUCGUGUUCUUCCAAAGGUUCUGUGGUGGAUUCAUGAGAUGCGUGGGCAUUAUUUCAAACUGGAGUAUGUUAAGCACCUUCCUUUGGUUGCAGGUGCGAUGAUUGAUUCACACACAACAGCUGAAUAUUGGAAAAACAGAACCCAAGAUCGUCUGGGGAUUAAAAUGCCUAAAACUUAUGUUGUGCAUCUUGGAAAUAGCAAAGAAAUGAUGGAAGUAGCUGAAAAUAUUGUUGCCAGGAGGAUUCUCCGUGAGCAUGUCCGAGAGUCUCUUGGAGUGCGCAGUGAAGAUCUACUCUUCGCCAUCAUAAACAGUGUUUCACGUGGGAAAGGCCAGGAUCUGUUCCUCAGGUCCUUUUGCGAAAGUUUGCAGAUUAUUCAAGAAAGGAAAAUUAAAGUCCCAACAAUGCAUGCAGUUGUAGUUGGAAGUGACAUGAAUGCUCAGACAAAGUAUGAGAUGGAACUGCGUAAAUUCGUCGCAGAAAAGAAAAUUCAGGAGCGUGUGCACUUCGUCAAUAAAACCCUUGCUGUUGCACCUUAUUUGGCUUCCAUUGAUGUUCUUGUUCAGAAUUCUCAGGCUCGGGGAGAAUGCUUUGGUAGGAUAACCAUUGAAGCAAUGGCCUUUCAGCUACCUGUGCUGGGCACAGCAGCAGGAGGAACCACAGAGAUCGUGGUGAAUGGUUCAACAGGCUUGCUGCAUCCUGCCGGAAAAGAAGGCGUGACGCCUCUUGCGAGCAAUAUCGUAAAACUGGCCACUGAUGUGGAGAAGAGGUCAGAGAUGGGGAGGAAGGGAUAUGAGCGAGUGAAAGAGAGGUUCUUGGAAGAUCACAUGUCUCAGAGGAUUGCACUGGUCUUGAAGGAAGUGUUGGAAAAGGCAAAGAGCCGCUCGGUUUCUUGACUUUCCUCAUUCAGGAUGUCAAAUAUUCUUCGCUCCGAUUGUCCUUUAAUGCCCUUUUGUACCAUAUGCACGCCCCCGGAGUGGGAAUGUCUGUAGAUAGAAAGCAAAAGCCAGUUACAAGGGCUGUUCUCCUGCAUGCCUUCAUUUCUGGAAAACCAGACAAACGUCUUCCAAUUUUCCAGUUUUCUCUUUUCACUAUAGGUGGAGAAUAAGGGGAUAGAAACAUGUAUUCAGAAGUUGAUGUCUUUUUACGAGCAACAAAGAAGGAUGUUUUCCCGCGGUUUCUUCA